AUCAAAAAUGCUGGCGUAUAGCCGCUCUUAAGUUUUUCUCUAUUUUAAGAUUCUUGAUAUCUUGAUAUUAUCUACAAAACAGAUUGCUGGAAUUGUUGAAAAAAAUGACAUUCAACAUAUUAAAGUACCGUCUGUCUAAUCACAACUUGCGCCAAUUGAAAAAAUUGGUCACCAUUAAAAGUUAUUCACCAUUAAAAUUCCACAUAUCCACAUCAACAAUUACAAUGAACGAUAAGGAACAAGGAGACAUAGAUUACAGAAUAGAAAGAGAUACAUUUGGAGAAUUAAAAGUCCCAAAGAACAAGUAUUAUGGUGCACAAACUCUUCGGGCAUUAAUGAAUUUUCCAAUUGGUGAUACAUUUGAACGUAUGCCUUAUGGUGUAAUAGUUGCUUUAGGCAUAUUAAAAAAAGCUGCUGCGGAAAUAAAUAAAGAUUAUGGUCUGGAUCCUAAAAUUGCUGAUGCUAUUAGUAGAGCUGCAGAUGAUGUAAUAAGUGGAAAAUUAUACGAUGAUCAUUUUCCUUUAAUUAUUUGGCAAACUGGAUCUGGCACACAAACUCACAUGAAUGUCAAUGAGGUCAUUGCUAAUCGUGCAAUUGAAAUACUUGGUGGAAAACUUGGUUCAAAAAAUCCUGUGCAUCCAAAUGAUCAUGUAAAUAUGUCACAAAGUAGCAAUGAUACAUUUCCAUCAGCUAUGCACGUAGCUAUUGCUUUAGAAAUUCAUAAAGUGUUAAUCCCAGGCUUGGAAAAAUUGCACAAAGCAUUAAAUGAAAAGGUGGAAGAAUGGAAAGAUAUUAUUAAAAUUGGUAGAACACAUUUCCAAGAUGCAGUUCCAUUAACAUUGGGUCAAGAAUUUUCAGGAUAUACCACACAGGUUAAAUAUGGUAUUGAAAGAGUGAAGGCUACACUUCCAAGAUUAUAUCAAUUAGCUCUUGGUGGCACAGCAGUCGGAACCGGAUUAAAUGCGCGAAAGGACGCUGUAGAAAAAAUAGUUGCAAAAGUUGCAGAAUUCACUGGUUUACCAUUUGUCCCUGCUCCAAAUAAAUUUGAAGCUCUGGCUGCACAUGAUGCCAUUGUUGAAGUACAUGGUGCUUUUAAUACAGUGGCUGUUUCUCUUAUGAAGAUCGCAAAUGAUAUUAGAUUUCUUGGAAGUGGACCUAGAUGCGGUUUAGGGGAAUUAUCUCUUCCAGAAAACGAACCUGGAAGUUCUAUUAUGCCUGGAAAAGUAAAUCCUACACAAUGUGAAGCAAUGACUAUGGUAUGCAGUCAAGUAAUGGGUAAUCAUGUGGCAAUAAGUAUCAGUGGUAGUAAUGGCCAUUUCGAACUUAAUGUUUUUAAACCAAUCAUGGUUGCCAAUGCUCUGAGAUCUGCAAGGUUGUUAGGUGAUGCUAGCUCAUCAUUUGCAAAGAAUUGUAUUGUAGGCAUUACUCCCAAUAUUGAAAAUAUACAGAAGAAUGUGAAUGAAAGUUUGAUGCUUGUCACAGCAUUGAAUCCAUAUAUUGGUUAUGAUAAGGCUGCUACAAUUGCAAAAUAUGCGCAUAAAGAAAAACUCACACUAAAAGAAUCUGCAUUGAAACAUGGAAUAACAGCAGAACAGUUUGAUCAAUGGGUCAGACCUGAACAGAUGCUUGGUCCAAAAUAAUUAAAAAAUAUUUAAUGGAAAUAUACACUCCAUGUAUUUUAUUUGUCAUUACUUAUUUCGAUCAAUAGAAUCUGAUAUAAAGAAAUAUUAAUAAAUGCAUGUUAACAAAACAAAAUAUUUGUUUUAUUAUAUGUAAUAUAUUGUGUACUUCAAAUUAAGGUUAAUAAAAAUAAUUAUGAUUUUAA